AUGGAUAUUGCAGCAAUACCUAGGGCGUGGCUGACGCUCGGCCGAUACUGCUCGAAAAACCACUUCGGCAGUACGGCCUUCUUUGGAAGGCUGCCGAACGCUGGAGCGAGUCUCCCGCGAGCAGCUCGUCGCCAUGCCCGUUCAUCGACGGCCGUAUAUCGCAAGUCGUUUCCAUCGGAGAACUCGAGAGCUACGCUUUCAGUGCAAAGACGAGGGUUCUCGUCGUCGGUGGCGCUGCAAGAGGCGUGGAACGUCGAUCAGCUUCCGUUCAUCGGGGGCGCCAAAGUGGAAGCCGUUGUGCACGAUGAUUUCCAGUCCCACCGUCUGCUGAAGGAGUCGUUCGGCAGCAUCGUCAAAAUAUACUGCGAUUCAACGGACCCCAACUACGCGCAGCCGUGGCAAAUGCGAAGGCAGCUGAAGAGCAUCGGAUCAGGUUUCAUCAUCUCUGGCCGUUUGGUGCUGACUAAUGCGCAUUGCGUCUCGUGGCAGAACCGCUGUCUGCUGCGAAAGCAUGGAUCGACGGUUAAGUACCCGGGGCGCGUCGUGGCGAUUGGGCACGAAUGUGACUUAGCGAUUCUGACGGUUGACGACGAUUCGUUUUGGUCUGGCGUGAAGCCGUUGGAGCUAGGCGAGGUGCCGAGCCUGCACGACGCGGUGACCGUGGUUGGGUACCCAACCGGCGGUGACAACCUCUGCAUCACAUCCGGCGUUGUGUCGAGGGUGGACGUGACCACCUACGCACACUCGAACUUCCGCCUGCUCUGCGCGCAGAUCGAUGCGGCGAUUAACGCCGGGAACUCCGGGGGUCCGGCACUGAAGGACGGCAAGGUCAUCGGCGUCGCUUUCCAAGCCUACGACGAGGCACAGAACAUCGGGUACAUAAUCCCGACGUGCAUCAUAUUGCAGUUUCUGCGGCACAUAGACUUGCAUCGCCGUUACACGGGGUUCGUCACCAUCGGCAUCACCUACCAGCUGCUGGAGAACCCAGCGCUCAGGGCGUUCGUGGGUCUGGACUCCGUACGCCAAAGUGACCUUCCCGAGAACGUUACUCCCUCGGGGAUACUGGUCUGCCAGUGCGACAAGGUGGUGAACGACGGCGACGGCCUGCGCACUCGUGACGUCAUCAUGGCCAUCAACGGCUACGAUGUGGCCGACGACGGCACCGUUAGUUUCCGCGAUGUCGAGCGGGUGCACCUGGCGUACGCGCUUACUACUAAGUUUAGCGGCGACCCGUGCGAACUGGUGGUGCUACGCGACGGACAAGUGCUGACUCUGACCGUGCGCCUCCAGAACCCCAACUACCUGGUAGCGGAGCACCAGUGGGAGAUAAUGCCGCGGUACUACAUAUUCGGUGGCCUGGUCUUUGUCCCCCUGACGAUGGAGUACCUGAAGGACGAGUUCGGCAAGAAGUUCUACGAGCGCGCCCCUAGUUCGCUAUUGCGGCCGCUGAGUGACCUCUUCGCCAAGGAGCGCGGUGAGGAAGUCGUGGUGCUAAGUCAGAUUUUAGCGUCUGACCUCACCGUUGGGUACGACUUCAGGAAUAUCCGCCUGGAGCGGUUUAAUGGCGAGGCUGUGCGUAACCUCCGCCACCUCGAAGAGCUCGUGUCCUCGGUGCCGGAAACGGAGCAGUUCGUGAGGUUCCACUUCGAAAACGAGGUGGUGCUGGUGCUAGACCGCGAAAGGGCGUUGAGCCUGCAUCAGCAGAUCCUCGACCAGCAUGCCAUCCCGUCGCACAGGUCAAGGGACCUUUAG